UUAGGGAAAUCUGGAUCACAGAUGAAGAAAGUAAUUUUAGAAGUAGAAACAGAUCCUAAAAUUCUUGUGACAAAAUGUUGUGGAGCUAAUAUAUAUGUGGAUGGCACAGAUCCAGAUCUUAAACCAGACAGUGAAUAUCCUGAUUGGUUGUGGACUUUACGAACAGAUCCAAAACCUAUUCCAUUGGAUGAAUUAGACCCUAAUUCAAGAGAAUAUUGGAAUAAAUUACGAAAACUUGGAAUACGCAAAAGAAAUGAAUCAUUUAAAAGGCAAAAGUUUUAG